CCCCUCGCGUCGCUGGGCAACUCACUCUUUAAUUCGCCUCCCCCUGAAUCGUGUGCGUAUCGUAUCGUGGCGUCGUCAGUUCGCGAAAAAAAACGCCCGUUCGUUUUGCCGGGUGCGUGCAGGAUGGCGUUAGAGGCCGUGGUGUUUCCGCAGGGCCAUUUCGGCUACGGGUGCGGAAGGGACUCGCCGGCGUACGGGAUGCCGUGGUGCGACGUCCUGGCUGCUGCCGGCGGCGGCGGCGGCUUCGGUGAGUUUUACGGAGUGGACGAGUGGGAUGACCAGCUGCAGGUCGCCUCCGUGGAUGAGUGGGAGGUGGCAUCCAAGGAUAACUCGGAUGCUUCCACGGAGGGCAAGGCGGCGGCGGCGGAGCGGGCGGAGCCGGUGGCCGCCGGGAGGAGGAAACGGAGGCGGACGAAGGUCGUCAAGAACAAGGAGGAGAUCGAGUGCCAGCGGAUGACCCACAUUGCCGUCGAGCGCAACCGCCGCCGCCAGAUGAACGAGUACCUCGCCGUGCUCCGCUCCCUCAUGCCGGCGUCCUACUCGCAGAGGGGUGAUCAAGCAUCGAUCGUCGGAGGAGCAAUCAACUACGUGAAGGAGCUGGAGCAGCUACUGCAGUCGCUGGAAGUCCAAAAGAGCCUCAAGAACCGCAGCGGCGCCAUGGACGCCGCCGGCGAUUCCCCUUUCGCCGGCUUCUUCAGCUUCCCACAGUACUCCACGUCGCCUCGCACUGGCUGCAGCGCCGCCGCCAGCGCCGGGAGCUCCGGCAGUGCGAGCAGCGUCGUCAUGGACGACACGGCGGGCUCCGCGGAGAGCGGCCGGCAGUCGGCGGCCAUCGCCGACAUCGAGGUGACCAUGGUGGAAGGGCACGCGAGCCUCAAGGUGCUCGCGCGGCGGCGACCGAAGCAGCUGCUGAAGCUGGUCGUCGGGCUGCAGCAGCUGCGCAUCCCGCCGCUGCAUCUCAACGUGACCACCGUCGACGCCAUGGUCCUCUACUCCUUCAGCCUCAAGGUGGAGGAUGAUUCCAAGCUGGGCUCUGUGGAAGACAUUGCCACCGCUGUGCAUCAGAUCCUGGGCAGCAUUCAGCAGCAGGAGGCCGUCCUCUCCAUCAGCUGACGCCGCGAUCGAUGGAGACGACAACCGAGACGGCCGCCAUGUGAAGCCUCUGCCUCGUCCGUCCUGGAAAUGGAACCAUGGCGCCUCGAUCGAUAGCUUGUUAGCUUGUAAUGUGUGAAUGUGAUUGUACCCUAGCCAACAGAGUGCUGCAUGCAUGCAGUAUCUCCGGCGACCUUAAUGAGAAAUCUAUACCAACAUUUUGAGCUCUUGUAAACGUACGUACGAUGACCACUUUUGUCUU